AAACUUCUGUUUUUUCCCUCACAUCUCACACACCCCAUUUCCCUGAGAAAACAAAAUCGCACCAGCCAAACACCUUCUCCAUUUCUACUGUCUUUACAUUAAUUAAACACAGAAGAAAUAAUAAGUUUCAUAUGGAUAUGAAACUAUAUGGAUAUUCCUUCCUGCAUUGUUUUUUAAUUCUUCUCUUCAUCUUCUUCAUCUUGAUCCUCUCUGGUUUUUUUAAUUCUACUUCUUUUUCAAUCUUCUCUCGUUCCAAUUUUCAGUCAUCAAUCUCAGUACCUGCCGUCCAGUUGCAGACCCUGGUUAGCCACUCCGAUCAAAUCCACGACGUUCAUUCUGCGAAUUCCAGCUAUACUUCUCCAGUCAACCAAUUCAGGAACAGUACUGCCAUUAGGAAAAUCUCAAAACUAAUAAGCAGAGAAGAAGAGCUCCUGGAACAAGGACUAGCUCGAGCUCGAGCUUCAAUACGCAAGGCAGGUACAUCAUCUGUAAUAGUCUCGUCCAUUGCCGGCGUCAACAGAAGCGAUGUGGACAGAGUUGUUGUUUAUCGCAACCGCGCCGCUUUUUACCGGAGUUAUCUGGAGAUGGAGAGGAGAUUCAAGGUCUACGUGUAUUCGGAAGGGGACCUACCAAUCGUCCAUGAUGGGCCAUGCAAGGACAUAUACACGAUUGAGGGGAGGUUUAUACAGGAGAUGGAGCACGGAGCCAGGAGGUUUAGAACAACGGAUCCUCGACGUGCCCACGUUUAUUUCAUGCCCUUCAGCGUGACCUGGAUGGUCAAGUAUCUCUACAAACCUCUUACAUACGAUCUUACACCGCUGAGGCAGUUCGUAUCAGAUUAUGUAAGAGUGGUAUCCACCAAAUACCCUUUUUGGAAUAGAACUUGUGGGGCGGACCACUUCAUGCUUGCUUGUCAUGAUUGGGGCCCCCAUGCAUCCCGGGCUAACCCGUUCCUUUACAACACAUCAAUCCGGGUCCUGUGCAAUGCCAACACUUCCGAAGGUUUCAAUCCCCGAAAGGAUGUAAGCCUCCCAGAAAUCCACCUCUACAAUGGCAACUUUCCACCCCAACUACUAUCUCCACCACCAGCUAAUACCUCACGUCCCUACCUUGCAUUCUUUGCCGGUGGGCUGCAUGGCCCAAUCCGUCCCCUCCUCGUCAACCAGUGGAAAGACCGUGACUCUGAUCUUCGUGUCUUCGAGUACCUUCCUAAAGACUUGGAUUAUUAUUCAUUCAUGCUCCAAUCCAAGUUUUGUCUAUGUCCAAGUGGGCAUGAAGUAGCAAGCCCUAGAAUCGUUGAGGCCAUUUAUGCUGAAUGCGUCCCUGUGAUUUUGUCGAAUUAUUAUGUGCUGCCAUUUAGCGAUGUUUUAAGGUGGGAUGCCUUUUCAGUACAGGUGAAUGUAUCAGAGAUUCCAAGGCUAAAAGAGGUGUUGAGCUCAGUUCCCGAAGACAAAUACAAGAAUCUCAAGGAGGGCUUAAGAGCUGUUAGGAGGCAUUUUGUGUUGAACCAGCCAGCCAAGAGAUUUGAUGUGUUUUAUAUGAUAUUGCACUCCAUAUGGCUUCGGAGAAUAAAUUUGAGACUUGCAUAGACUAAUACAUGAAACUGAGACUAUACCAUCAUAUAGUUAAAGGAGAAGGUGACUUAUAUAAUCAAAUAUACGUAUAUAGUAACACAAAUUUAUAGUAAUUUUUAAUU